UUGAGAGCAGAAUGCGUUUACAGUAUCCCACAUAAAGGCUCUUAUUUUACUGUACACGAUUAUACAUAUAUUAAACACAUUUGUAAUAGCGUCAAAUAGUUUGAUGGACGACUCAUGACUUUGAAGGGGCAUAGGAAUGGAGAAUCGUUGUUACUCGUGCACAUCAAAGUUCAGUCUCUUCAAAAAGGAGCUGGGCUGUAAAAACUGCGGCCGCUCCUUAUGCUCCAGCUGUUUGACUCUCAGCGCUGUGGUGCCUCGCUGUGGCAACACUCUACAAAAAGUGUGCAAACAGUGCCACACCGCUCUGACAGGUACCGGGAAUACACCAGUCAACAACAGCAACAAUAGAUGGUCUCCGCCUGAAAAUUAUAGAAAGCGUGUUGCUGCAUUAGAAGCUAAACAACAAGGUCAAUCAUCACAGGCUCCAGGAGGCAGUAUAAAUGCCAAACCUGCCAUACCUAUACCUAAAGGUCUCAGUAAAGAAGAUCAGGCCAUUGCUGAGAGACUACACAAACUAAAAGAGGAUACAACUCAAAAAUCCCUCCCAUCUGAUAAAGAGCUUGAGUCUCGCCUUUCUGCUUUGAAAGCUCCAAGCAAACCAGUUCCUUCUGCCAAAGAAAUGGAGGACCGCUUGGCAGCUCUACAGGGCUUGUCUCCCCCAUCUCAAGCUCCUCCACCUGUGCAUAAGCCUCCAGACAACAGGACACAGACUGAACAAGCCAAUGAUCUGAUUACUCAAAUGACAGAGGAAGUUGCCAUUGACAACACACUAACAGACCCUGAAAGCAGUGUAAAUUUGGAAUCUAUGAAUGAUUUAAACAAAGUUGAAGCGAGAGCCUUGGAAGAUAAUCUUGAAGAAAAUAAUGAGAACUCAAAGCAAUUAGAGGCUGAGAAGACCCGUGUGCUGGAGGAGGCCAUGCAGGAGCUAAAGAAAGAGAAGCACACCCAGGACGAGAUACUGCAGAUGGCAAAAAGAUUAGCACAGUUGAAAGGACAGGACCCAGACAAAGUUACCAGGGAGGACUUUCAAUGCCCUGACAGUGAUGAAGAGACUGAGGAGGAAGCUGUUAUGAGGGUGCUAAAGCAGCUUUCAGAAGAGGCUGCAUUAGAUGAGGCCAGUGGCUACAAUAUACCCCCAGAAAUGAGCGGGCCCAGAAACACAGAAAAGAAAGCUGUCUCUAAAAAGGCACCAGCAGCUAAAGGUAAAAAUAGAACAACAGCCAUUUCUUAUCAGCAAUCAGACAGUGAUGACGAAGAGCUCCCAUGGUGCUGCAUCUGUAACCAAGAUGCUACUCUUCGGUGUCACACCUGUGAUGGAGACCUAUACUGCAACCGCUGCUUCAGGGAAGGCCAUGAUAAAUAUGAAAGGAUGGAACACCGCACUUCCAACUACACUGCACCAAAGAAGAAGAGAAAGACAUGAUACAGGGCUUUUUUGUCGGGUUAGUCAUUGUUAGACUCAAGUGCCCUAAUAAUUGUUAUUGGAGUAAAUUCCAGUGCCGCUGUGCUUUUAGUUGGACUCUUUGACACAAAUAUUUCAACAUCCUUAUAAUACAUAGAUAAUGUAUGUCACAUUAUAAAGAAAAUAUUAGAUCAGUAGUUCAGCAUAUAACUCAAAAACUGUAAAUGAUAAAAAUGUUAUUUUGUAUCUGCAGUAUAAGUAACUCAAGCUACUCAAACUCCAGUUAGUGUUAACAAUAAGCAGCAAGAUUGCCUGGCAUACAGCACCGAAGUUCAAAUAUCUUGACGUUUUUUGUGCGUCCUAUUUACAGAUAGCAACAAAAGCUUAUCAAAGACACACUUUGCACUUGUCACCACCAGAGGACUAUUUUUAGAUUAUAAACAGUGCUCUGGUAAGACGUAUCCUCAUCCGACUGUCAUGACUGAAGGUGUCAGGUAUUUGUCAUCUAUAUUUGUCCCAGAGUUUGAUGUGCUCGUUCACUUUUUAUCUUAGUGUACAAUAAAAUUUUGACUAAAUUUAAGUUUUUCCAAAGUAUAAAUGGGCCUUAUCUCAGUGAAAUUUUAAUGUACAAAGUACAGUAAUGGAAGCACAAAAGACAUAGCAUGUGUGAGGUAGUGAAGGCCAUACUGCGGUUUGAUCUGAGCAUUACCGUCUAGCUAACUGAGGAGAAACCCUAAUUACCGGCAUCUCUAGGGGGCCUGCUCCAUUAUGGCGUGUAUAGAGGCCGUUACUGCGUGUUUGCCUUUUUGGUCAUGUCGUACACAAUUACAGACAGGAAAUGGAUGAGGCUAAUGGAUGCAUAGUUAAUGGACUUUGCUGCUGUAGUUUUCUCUGUGUUUAUUCCUAGCCUUGACUUGCUGCUUGCCACUCACUUUCUAAAAUGUGCUGAUUGUCUUUCCAUUGUGUCUACUGCAUAAUGUCAGAUCUUACAACAAUGUACUAGCUUUAGAGCAAUAACUGCAAGCAUUUCUGGUAGCAGUGUUAUUAUAAACAAGAAUAAACUAGAAUAUAGAAUAAUCAGAUGCUCUUGUUUAUAUUUAUUUGUUCUGUAUCAAUAAAUUAGAUGGUACUAUGAUGUCA